GCCUGCCUAAUGCCUAUGGUCGAUAUAAAUUACCUAUGUGAAAAAGUAAUUUGGCAAUUAAUAAAUCCCAUAUUACAACUUUUGAUUACUUUGAAAUGAUUUUAAUGUGAUAUCAAAGCUUAAGUAAAUAUUCCUUUGAGUGUUAUAGUGACGCAAGAUAUCUAAGUAAUAGAACAUUUAGAUUGACAAAAUGAUGCAAUUCAUGUUGUUAUUCAGCCGGCAAGGCAAGCUAAGGCUGCAGAAGUGGUAUGUGGCCCAUCCAGAUAAGCUAAAGAAGAAGAUUACUAGGGAGCUUAUAACCACUGUACUGGCACGAAAACCGAAAAUGUGCUCCUUCCUGGAGUGGAAAGAUGUGAAAGUUGUAUAUAAAAGAUAUGCCUCAUUAUAUUUCUGCUGUGCGAUGGAGCAAGAGGACAAUGAACUGCUCACCCUGGAGCUGAUCCACAGAUACGUGGAACUCUUGGAUAAAUACUUUGGCAGUGUGUGCGAAUUGGAUAUCAUAUUCAACUUUGAGAAGGCUUAUUUCAUCCUUGACGAGCUGGUGUUAGGCGGUGAGCUGCAAGAGACAAGCAAGAAAAAUGUUCUCAAAGCGAUUGCAGCCCAGGAUCUGUUACAAGAGGAGGAGACGCCGCAGGGCUUCUUCGAAGACCACGGCCUUGGAUAAACCAGCGACUUCGAGCAAGAUGAAGACUUGUUUUGUACAUUUCUUAGAGGUAAAGGAUACGUACAAAUAACAUGUAAUUUUAAAUAAAAUAUUUGCACAAUUUUUUUCAAUAUGUACUUAAAGGUUUUUAAUUCUAUACAUAUGGUUGGGCAGUAUUUUUUUACUUUUUACGUAUAUACGAUAGGUAUGUAUUCUUUAUAUUUAAGCAAAUUAUAUACUUUCCGUGUUUUAAUUUUAUAAUAAUUAUAAUAUUAAAAUGUUGUAAUUAUAAAAUGUUAAAAGCUUAUGCAGUCGGAUAUUAUUAAUUGUCCUUUAGAUAAAUAAAAUAUUUAGUUAUAAUUACAAAAUUUUGCUUAAGCGUAUCGUUCCCAAAAAUAUAAAUAUAUAUUUUUUAAUUUAAUAUAAAUGUUGCCCUUUGCGUAAAUGUUUUAAGGUCAAAUGAAAGUUCUUGUCGUCAGUUGUUUUAUUAAAACGAACGAAUUAUUUCACUAAGGUCGUUUUAAAUUUUUUAUCUAUGUAGUGACUGAAAAUCAUAUUAACACAAAAUUAUCGAUAAUGUAAAUAUAAUUAUAUUUUUACAUAUAUAUCUUGUAAUUAACUUACUACGUUUAAGUAAAGUAUGUAUAUGAUAAUAUGAUUAUUUUAUCUCCUCUAAUAAUUAAAUGGCGUUCGUAUCAAUCUUUAAUCGAUAAUCUAAUUACAAGUAAAUAUCUGAUUAAGUAUUAUAA